CACAUGUGUUGAUGCACGUUAAGAAAUGUAAGAAUGAAUUGCUAGCAGUUAGGUAGAGGUGACAUGUAAGUUACAUGUGAUGUCGCCGCUAAAUAUUAUGUUAACGGUUUUAAUCAGAUUAAGGUAGAAUAAACUGGAGGACAGCGUCUCAGCAACUAACAGCCAUGUAUAAAAUCUCGAGACAAUUGUCUGCAUUGGUAAGAGGGGCUUGCCAGCAUUUUGCUUUCCCCGCGCAUACAGGAAGCUUUGCAGAGUGCGGAAAUGCCCACACAACACGUGCUGUGUGUUCCAGUGCAGUACGAUUGCAAGAGUCUGUAACGUUAGAUCAUAACACGAAUCCUUCUGAAAAGACGGAGUUCAGUGUCUAUCCUCCUAUGCCUGGCCAGGAGAGUUCAUUGAGAUGGGCAGGAAAGAAGUUUGAAGAGUUGCCAAUUGCACACAUUAAAGCCACGUACAAUAAUACUCAUGUCCAGGUCACAGACAGCAAGGGCCAAUACAUGGUCCGAACAUCCUGUGGUACAGAAGGAUUCAGAAAUGCCAAGAAAGGAACUCCCAUCGCUGCUCAAACUGCAGGCAUCUCUGCUGCAGUGAAGGCUCAGGCAAAGGGAGUGGCAUUUGUUCGCGUGUUGGUGAAAGGCCUGGGCCCUGGUAGGCUGUCUGCCAUUAAGGGGUUAACGAUGGGCGGAUUGGAGAUUGUGUCCAUCACUGACAACACCCCUGUACCCCACAACGGCUGCCGCCCACGCAAGGCUCGGAGAAUGUGAGGACAGACUUCCCCUCCAUACUGUGCGCUACAGGGACUCCGCAGCCUGCCUGUGAAUUCACCAAUAAAAUGUUCCUUUCUGUUUCGCA